AUGUUGCCUGUAUCAGCGAUAUUUUGCUUCUCAUUACUUCUCCUCCUCAGUUUAUCAACCAAUAAUGUAAAUUGCUCUGUCUGUGCUGAUAUAUCUCAGUACGAUCGAUGUUCAGCGAAUGGUGCGUGUGGUUGUUUUCACAUGGUUGGUGCUCAUAAUGUUGGAAUAUGCGGCUUUCUUUGGACAAGUUGUUCAACUCUUGUUCCAUGUGAUUCUCAAACGAAGUCCUGUGCUCAAGAUGAUCAUAUCUGUGUUCACCAUCCUCGAUGCAAUACACAACCUGUUUGCUUUCCAGCAUUAAUGACUGAUUCACGAAUUUGUCCAACGAUGACAGUGAAUACAAAUACAACCAAUACGAUUCCAAAUGCAACUGAAAUCACAUCAACGACGACAACGACAACAACCACUUUAACUACAACUACAAAGACGACGACGACAACUAUUGCUGCACCGAGAAUCUGGCGUUUUACUCAAGACAUGCCAAUAGCAUUAAGAGAGCAUGUCGCAUCCACGUUACUUGAUGGAACAAUUAUGAUCACUGGUGGCCAGACUAAUAAUGCAGGUGCAACGAAUAGAGUUAUUCUGUACAAUUCAUCAAGUGGAACCUGGAGCAAUACAGCUAGUAUGCAAAAUGCACGAUAUGCACAUACAGCAUCUGUCUUAUCGAAUGGAAAAGUCUUAGUUACGGGCGGUGUAAAUGGCGACAGACUUUUAAAUAGUGCUGAAUUGUAUGAUCCAUCAACGAAAAAAUGGAGAACAAUUCCUAACUUGCGCAAUGCUCGGCAAAGUCACACAGCAACUGUUUUACCAAAUGGAAGAGUAUUGAUUGCUGGUGGACAAGCUUUGCUUAGUAAUUCUAUGAACACUGCUGAAUUAUAUGAUCCAUCGGCAGAUAUUUGGACAGUUACUGGUAGUCUAAAGACUACUCGAUCAAAACACACCGCAUGUCUUUUAAAAAAUGGAAAAGUACUAGUGGUCGGCGGUUCACUGUUUACCGCAGAAUUAUACGAUCCAGCGGCAGGACUAUGGACAUCGAUGGGUGUGAAAACUUCACGAGAAGGUCAUACAAUGUCGUUGUUACCAAAUGGACAAGUAUUAGUUACUGGUGGAUUCGGUAUAAGGAGUGCUGAAUUAUAUGAUCCACAAACUGGAAGCUGGACUUUCGUUGAUAAUAUGCAAUAUGCUAGAAAAUAUCAUACAGCAACUGUAAUGUUAGAUGGAAGUGUGUUAGUUACAGGUGGAUACAAUACAACUGCUACAAAUACAGUGGAGUUCUAUAACCCAGCGACAAGAAAAUGGACAACAACUUAUGAAAGAAUGAAGCAUGACCGUUACAGUCAUACAGCAUCGUUGUUACCAAAUGGAAGAGUAUUAGUUGCUGGUGGAAGAUCCAAUAGUUACUACUGGAGUAGUGCAGAAUUAUAUGAGUAA